AUGACCGAUAUUACCAAUGUCUCAACUUCCAUGUCUUAUGAUGAUCGACCAUUUGCAAGUGGAGUAAUCACAACUCAAACCUCCGGGUCCCUAUGUCUUGAAAUGGAAGGGCCACCGAGUAAAGAAUCAACAGAAUCUGAAAUUAUAUCGAAUGGGCUGGAUCCCCCGAUGGAUACAACGCAAAGUACCGAAAACAGUUUGGAAUCGGAAAUAAAAACAAGGACGGCAAUCAAAAUAAGUCCGCUGAAAAUCGCCUAUGAGAUGCUUACCACCGGGUCUCUGACGGUCUCCGGAUUCCUUCUAUGGACCGCCCGACCUCACUAUUUGCCACGUCAGCAGUUGAUUGUCCCAUUUCAAUAUAUCUCAUUUUUCGGAUCAAUUAUCGCUUGGAGCAUCGCAGGAGUCGCAGUUUUCUAUGAAUGGCAGGCGUCGAAAUAUGCUGUGGUUUAUUAA